CAGCCUAUACCAGACCACCAGGCGCACCAGCAUCUCUCGUCUCUGCUGACUCAGUGCCUUACCAGCAGCUCCUCCACCCUGAGAUACAGCAUCCAGCAAACGACGCACACUCCUCCGGCCAAACCGCCCCGACACCACCGUACAAAAAUGGCAAAGACAGCAAUCGCUUACAAAGAGAAGAUGAAGGAGAUCUCAGUUCUCUCGCUCAUCUGCUCUUGUCUGUACCCCGAGACCCGCAAAAACAUCAUGGGUGACUUUGAAGCAGACAUGGACAUCAAGCCCAUUAACAAGCGGGCCUCAGGCCAGGCCUUUGAGGUCAUCCUGAAGCCCACCUCCCCUGUGUCUGAUGUCAACCACUGCAUCACCAGCCCCCCAAAGAGGGACAUCUCCCUGGAGGACAUCCAGAAGAAACUGGAGGCAGCUGAGGACCGGAGGAGAUCCCAGGAGGCACAGGUACUCCGGGCCUUGGCUGAGAAACGGGAGCAUGAGCGCGACGUGCUGCUGAAGGCCAUGGAGGAGAACAGCAACUUCAGCCGCAUGGCCGAGGAGAAGCUCCAGUACAAGAUGGAGCAGAUCGAGGAGAACCGGAUGGCUUACAUGACCGCCCUGAUGGAGCGCCUGCAGGAGAGGGAGAGGCAUGCUCAGGAAGUGCGCAGGAACAAGGAGUUGAGAGAAGAGUUGACCGCAUGAGAAACCCCAACAGCUCCCACUUUCCACCUUAAAAAUCUCCUCCACCACCCCUGACCCUGAGGAACACCACCCAAACCCCACCCAACCUAACCCCCCCCCCCCCUCCACCAGCUUAUCCUACAUUUCCCUAUACUUCUCAAUGCCCCCCAUACUCUGUCAUACUACCAUGAAACUACCACAGCCUGAGAACCCCGCCCCAAGACAGUGGGAGGUUCACAAGGUUCGAGUGGAAAGCUAAAAAUGCAAAAAUGAUUAAAAAGAAAAAAAAGAAAGAAAAUUCAUGUUUCCCGCCCACUCUUCCCAAAAAAGAAUGUUUUUGCUCCGUUUCAAAUGAAAAGAAAAGAAAAAAAAUUGACAAGUGACAGUGGGUAUUGGUUUUUUGUAAAUACUUCUUUUUUUGUUAUAUACAGUAUGAUACAAGCAGCAAAAGUAUUGAUUGCCGUGUGCCAUUUUUAUAUAUAAGUUUCUUCUCGCUGCAUAUUCUGUAUAUGGGUGUAAUAAUUUGUUCAUUUCCCACGUUUCCGUUGGUUCAUUUCAGCCUGAGAAUCUUUUUUUUGGUUACAGUUUAUCUUGUGUGGUAACAGGCUUAGAUGUUUGUCGUGAGUUUGACAGCUAGCUGAUGUUUGCUGCGGACGCUCGCGUCCUCACAGGGCCCUGCAUCCUGGCUCCUUUCCCUCUCGUCCCUGCAAGAGGACGCUGACUCAUCCCACCCCCCUCUUAGAUCUGGAAGCAAAAACUGGAUCCGUGUUUGAGUGAUUUUCCAUACGGUUCUUGCCAGCGUUCCAAUUAGUGAAGGAACGUGUGCAGAGAAGUUGGCAGAAGGGAAAGGGGACAGGAUGCAUUUCUGUGGGGACUGCAAGCCAUCGCUGCACACCCAUUCCUGUGAGGUAGAUGGUGACCGUGCCACAGGAGAACACUAUAGCAUUUAAUGAGCCCAUCCUCAUCCUCCUUCUCUCCACCUGCAGCCUCUUCAUCUCUCUAUGUAUAUACAUACUGUAGAAGCACUCACUCACACGCUCUUUACUGUACAUGGGCAGGCGUUUAUUCAAAUCACAGCACAGAGCUCAGGGGGAGCCGGCUGAACUCUGUCCAUCUGGCACCAGGAAUUUUAAUAGAACAUCCCUGACCGAUGGCGGGCCUCUUAUAUCUCUCACAAACAAGCUCACAGUCUCAUUGUCAACCAUGUCUUACUGUACAAUAUACAACACAGCCGAGGUUUAAGUGCAUCAUAGCAACACAAAGAACAAAAGAAACCCUCCUUAGGUCAGACUGUGAAUCUCACACUGAAGUAAAAAUCAAAGCAGUUACACCUCUCUGCGUCUCAUAGAGGCUAGAGUAGAGCUCAACGUCAUCAGCGCCUACUGGAGCCAUUUGCACUUCACUCCAAUACACUGUAAAAGCCGCCGAAAGGUCGGCGCAAGAAACUUAUUUAAGCCAUAACAGGUAUCACCGCACCCACCCAAUCAUUCAUGGACACAGUAUUUCCAUCUGUAAAAGGUGUAUAUGAGUGUAUUAAAGUAUCCGAACAGUUUGUGACCAGGGGGGUGUUGAAGCCUGAGGUUGAACCCUGGCGAAUGCGCGGUAUAGGCCCAUAGGUGUGUGUGUGUGUGUGUGUGUGUGAGCGUGAGUGAGUGAGUGAGUGUGAGCGUGUAUUUCAGAUCAGGCGGGUAGAUGACCGAAUGUUUGACCAGGUGAAGCAUAAAUCGACACAGUCGCGGUGUAAAACAGCUGUUCAGCACAGACAGUGACUGUCAUACCUGCCUCUCUCUCUCUCUCUCCUCUCUGUCCAUUUGUGUGUUUCCCCCUCUCCACAUAUAUCGUUGUGAGCAAGCAGUGGUUAAUAAAGAUUUGGGGUUCAGUGAAUGAAA